AUGGCAUACAAUCUUCAAUCUCUCAUCACCAUCCUACAACAAAUCCUUCAUCCUGAGCAAACCCACUGGACUUUUGAUCACCACAAACCACAGCUUGAAUCACUACUCGAAAAAGCAGAAUCUCUGAUACAGAUUCUUGAAAACUCUUCACCCUCCCAAAUAGCAAGUUUGGAGAGCCAAAUCAGAGAUACAGUGUAUAAAGCAGAGGAUAUUAUUGAAUCACAGAUGGUUCAUCAAAUGCUCUCCAACCCAGACAGCAACAGCUUGACCUUUUCCACACCAGAUCUGCAGCAAGUAACUCAAGAGCUUGAUUCUGCAGAGGUUUUCAUGGAGGAAAAGAGGCUGACUUCAUCAGAUUUGCAGCAAGCAACUCAAGAACUAGAAACUAGGAAGCUCGUGGAAGAAUUGGAGGAAAAGAGUGCCUCUUCCUCGAGAUCUAAGAUUAAUUUGGUGGAAGUUUAUGCAGAUCUGUUGGAGUUGAAGGAUCGUCUCACAAAUAUGGAGAAGAAGGUGAAGAUCAUACCCCUCGUUUGUAUGGGUGGUAUAGGUAAGUCCACCCUUGCUCGAAAACUUUAUGACGAUGCAUAUAUUGUUUCUCACUUCAAAUAUCGUGGGUGGGCUGCUAUUUUGCAAGUUCCAAAUGUGCGGGAAAUUAUGUUGAGUCUUCUUCGUGGCCCGAAUGAAAAGGUCAGCAAUGAACUGAUUGGAUGCGAAGAGAAUGAGUUGAAAGAAAUAUUGUAUAAGAGCACGGGAGCCUGGGAUGAGAUAAGGAUGUAUUUCCCAGACAAUAAUAAUGGGAGUAGGAUUGUGAUCACUAGUAGGGAUUCAGAAGUGGCGGAACAUGUUGCAGGCUCGAAGAGUCUGCAUCACAUGCAGUUGCUAAACAAGUUUGCAAGUCAGGAUUUACUUUGCAAGAUUGUGUUUGGGGAACACGAUUGCCCUAACGAAUUACAAGAGGUGGCAGCUAAGAUUGGGAGUGAUUGCAGUGGGCUUCCUCUUGCCAUUCAUGUGAUUGGAGGGCUCUUGUCAAAGGUUGAAAGGUUGCUCACAGCAAUUGAAACUGAGGAAGGAUACAAGAUAAGAUUUGUUCUUGAGAAGCUGCAGACGAUUUACUAUGUUCAGAUAACUCCUUCACUAAUUAGCAGUGGUUUCUUUGAGAUAAUCCCAAAUGUCAUAAAGGUAGGAAUCUAUUACAUCGACACACCCGACAUUGAUUUUGAUCUUAGCCAUCUUCACAAACUCAAAAAUUUAGCAUGUGAAUCUGAGUUGAAUGAAAAUGGUAGUCAUUUUCUGAACAAACUCAGAUUUCCACAUAGUAGUAGAAAGUUAACAAUAACAGCAUGUGUACUAUCUCGGAGUUUCUUGACAACUCUAUGUGGACUACCUAAUCUGGAAGUGCUCAACAUAAACAGCGGUGUAUUUGAAAGAGACGGAGAGGCAGAGGAAGAAGAGUGGGAGGCGGUAGAAGGAGAUAAAAUCCGCUCGCUGCAGUUUCUGGGCCUCUAUUCCUCAAAUAUAGUGCGAUGGAGAGCCAACGGGACCAACUUCCCUAAACUCCGGGAGCUGUAUGUAAACAGAUGCAAUGAGCUAGAGGAAAUCCCCAGUGACAUUGGAGAUAUCCCAACUCUCGGAAGAAAUUUACAUAGAUGA